UCUAGAUGCACCACAUGAGUUUCCACUAGAAAUAUUAAAACGUAAGACAAGACAAGAUGCGCAGGAUCGGUGAGGACGUGUCUCGCCGUUUUGCUGUGAAGGUAAAAAACCACCUCCGUUGGAAAAAUAAAUCGACUCGCAGCAUGAUCAAAUGCUGAUUCCACGACGACCAUGGAUGUGAUUCCAACGAUCAAGAUCCGCACCUAUUUGUCCUCCGCCGAAAAGAAAGCCUCCGGUAGUACUACUUCCCCAAGACCGAAUAAACCGCCUGUGUCAUUUUCCAGUACACCGCGAUCGUUUAGUUCGAUCGCUGGCGGGAAAAACAAGUUUGGCAGCGCAACUACCC